GUUUGUGCGGGUAACGCUGGAACUCGCAAAGCACCGGCUCGUCUUCCGCCGUCGAAAGGGAAACGGACCGCCUCCUCACCGCGGCGGCCUCCAUGGGCGACCUCACCACCUCGCCGGCGAGCGAGGUGCCGUUCCGCAUCAGCUUCUCCGGCCACGGCGGCCACCUCCGCCUCGACCCGACGCCCAAUCCUCCCAGCCCUGUACCGGAGUUCGUCCUGCCGCCGGCUUACCCACCGGAGAGCCCGAGCAGCGUGAGGGAGUACCUCGAGGCAAACUACCUCAACCCGGAGCUCCACCUCCCCACCGCGGCCGAUGGCGGGAGGGUGUGGGACCUGGACUGGUUCGCUCUGGCUAGGCCGCCGCUGGAGCCCUCCGCGCCGCGCACCAUGCUCGUGCCCGCGUGGGAGCCGCCGUUCCGCCGCCGCCGGCCUCCAUUGUCGUCGUCGUCCCUGGAGUCGCAAGUGUGGGAUCCUGAGUCUGUGCAGAUGGAUAUGAGCGACGUGUUUGAUUCGGGAACCCCUGGGAUAUCGCCACGGAUGCCUGGCCCCGCGAAGGAUUUUGUGAGGGGGAGCGUCAACAACCGGCCGUUCCGCCCAGGGGGGCUGCAUGAUGAUGCGACCGGGGCGGCAGCUUUGGAGAAGGCAUUUCCAGAGGGUGCACGAAAUGGUGAUUGGGUACGCGAGCUUAUGAGUGGAGGACCUGCACAGGUUACACCUCCAGGAUUCCGCAAGAGAUUGGACCUUGGCAAUCUGAAGGAGUAUAAAAGCCAUUGGAAGUGUUACCAGGAUGGAAAAUGUGUAGAAGAACACCCUACAUCUUCAUCGAAUGACACGAUGGAUAAGUACUCGCUACAGUUUGAUGAUCUAUUCAAGAUAGCCUGGGAGGAAGAUGCUGACGAUAAGGUGUCACGUGAAGAUGAUGUUCAGCAAUCAGUUGGAGAUGAAGAGACCAGUGAUGUUGAUAAACAAAAUAUUGACAGACUGCAAGAUGCUUCUGAAAUUCUAGAAAAGCCAGACAUUGAGAAACAGAAAGAUGAUGCCCUAGGAGAUGUUUCAGAAGCUCAAACAGAGUUGGAUCAAAUGUUGUCAUCAUCAGUUAUAGAUACUAGCAGAGAUUCAAGUGGAUCGGGUGGUGACAGUCUGGCAAAGGAGGGGAAGGUUUGGGCACUUGUUGGUGGGGAUGAAGACAUUCUGACUAACUUCUAUAAACUUGUUCCAGAUAUGGCAAUCGAGUUUCCAUUUGAAUUAGAUAAAUUCCAGAAGGAGGCCAUAUAUUAUCUUGAGAAAGGUGAAUCAGUCUUUGUGGCGGCUCAUACAUCGGCAGGAAAGACGGUUGUUGCAGAGUAUGCAUUCGCUUUAGCAACAAAACAUUGCACCCGGGCUGUCUAUACUGCUCCCAUUAAAACUAUCAGCAACCAAAAAUACCGAGAUUUCUGUGGGAAGUUUGAUGUGGGACUUCUUACUGGAGAUGUCAGUAUCAGGCCAGAGGCGACUUGCUUAAUUAUGACAACAGAAAUAUUACGUUCAAUGCUCUACAGAGGCGCUGACAUCAUACGUGAUAUUGAAUGGGUAAUUUUUGAUGAAGUGCAUUAUGUAAAUGAUGCUGAGAGAGGUGUAGUUUGGGAGGAAGUUAUUAUAAUGCUCCCAAAGCACAUUAACAUUGUGCUCCUUUCAGCAACGGUUCCAAACACAGUUGAAUUUGCUGACUGGAUUGGUCGUACAAAGCAGAAGAAAAUUCGUGUCACAUCGACCAAUAAAAGGCCCGUUCCCCUUGAGCACUGUUUGUUCUACUCCGGAGAAGUGUUCAAAAUAUGCGAGAAAGAUGCAUUUCUUACUCAAGGAUAUAGAGAAGCCAAGGAAGCUUAUAAAAAGAAAAAUUCGAACAAGCUUGGAACGAAACCUGGUUCAAAACCAGGAACAAAUGCAGCACGUGCUGGAACUCAAGGCAGAAAUCCAGCUACAUCUAAUAGAGGAAGAGAUCAGAAAAAUCCAAAGCACCACCACGCCAGCUCAUCAGCUGCUGCAGUUCAACAAAGCACCUCAGGGCCAAGGAGAUCGGAGUCUUCAUUCUGGAUGCCCCUCAUAAAUAACCUUUUGAAGAAAUCCCUUGUGCCUGUGGUAAUUUUUUGCUUCUCAAAAAACCGAUGUGAUAAAUCAGCAGAGAGCAUGUUUGGUGCAGAUCUCACCAGCAACUCAGAGAAAAGUGAAAUCCGCCUCUUCUGUGACAAGGCCUUUUCACGCCUUAAAGGAUCUGAUAGGAGCCUUCCGCAGGUUGUAGGAAUACAAAGCCUUCUACGGAGAGGGAUUGGAGUACACCAUGCUGGACUUCUUCCUAUUGUGAAAGAAGUAGUUGAAAUGCUAUUUUGUCGUGGUGUCAUCAAGGUGUUAUUUUCUACCGAGACAUUUGCAAUGGGUGUUAAUGCUCCAGCGAGGACGGUUGUGUUUGAUUCCUUAAGAAAGUUCGAUGGAAAAGAACAUCGGAAGUUACUUCCAGGGGAGUAUAUUCAAAUGGCUGGGCGAGCUGGCAGGAGAGGGCUUGAUAACAUUGGUACAGUGAUUGUUAUGUGUCGUGAUGAAAUUCCUGAAGAAAGUGACUUGAAGAAUUUGAUUGUUGGAAAACCAACUCGACUGGAAUCUCAAUUUCGGUUAACAUACACUAUGAUACUACAUCUUCUACGCGUGGAGGAACUCAAGGUGGAGGACAUGCUAAAGAGAAGUUUUGCAGAAUUCCAUGCCCAAAAGAAUUUGCCUGAGAAGGAAAAGCUGCUUCUGCAAAUGCUUCGUCAACCCACAAAGACAAUUGAGUGCAUAAAAGGAGAACCGGCUAUUGAAGAAUACUACGAGAUGGCCUUAGAAGCUGAGGCACACAGAGAAUCUAUUACAGAAGCAAUUAUGCAGUUGUCCGCUUCUCAACAGGCCCUUAUACCUGGCCGGCUGGUUGUUGUUAAAUCCAAAUCAGAUGAUGAUCACUUGCUCGGUGUAAUUGUGAAAACUCCAUCUGCUGCACUAAAGCAAUAUAUUGUUCUUGUACUGACUGGUGAUUGCACAUCAUCUGCACUUGCUCCUGAUUCAUCCAACCAGAAUGAAAAGGAAGCAGGAGAUUUUAAACAAGGAUACUUUGUUGUCCCAAAAGGAAAACGCGGCAUGGAAGAUGAAUAUUUCUCAUCUGUCAGCAAACGAAAAGGUUCAGGUGUUAUCAAUAUCAAGCUACCGUACAAGGGAGAUGCAUCUGGAACAGGUUUUGAAGUUAGAGCAAUAGAUAGUAAAGAGAUUAUGAGUAUAUGCACCAGCAAAAUAAAGAUUGAUCAAGUCGGACUCCUUGAGGAUCCUAGCAAAACAAUUUAUGCUAAAACUGUCCAGAUGCUUAAACAGGAGCAACCAGAUGGAAACAAGUAUCCUGCUGCUUUAGAUGCGAUAAAAGAUCUAAAAUUGAAAGACAUGCUUCUCAUUGAAAACUAUCAUGCAUACCAAAGGUUACUGCAAAAAAUGUCUGAAAAUAAGUGCCAUGGUUGUAUAAAAUUAAAGGAGCAUAUUGCAUUGAUGAAGGAGCAAAAGGUGUACAAGGAUCAGUUGAGUGAAUUGAAAUAUCAAAUGUCAGAUGAGGCACUUCAACAGAUGCCAGAGUUUCAGGGCAGAAUCGAUGUACUAAAGGAAAUCCAUUACAUUGAUUCUGAUCUAGUUGUACAACUUAAGGGCCGAGUAGCCUGUGAAAUGAACUCAGGCGAGGAGUUGAUAUCAACUGAAUGCCUGUUUGAGAAUCAAUUCGAUGACCUAGAACCUGAAGAAGCUGUUGCUAUCAUGUCCGCAUUGGUCUUCCAACAGAGGAAUACGUCAGAACCAUCUCUUACUCCAAAAUUGGCAGAUGCCAGAAAGAGGAUUUAUGAUACAGCAAUCAGAUUGGGAAAGCUUCAACGAGAGUUCAAGGUGCCUGUGGAUCCUGAGGAAUAUGCCCGUGAUAAUCUCAAGUUCGGGCUAGUUGAAGUCGUGUACGAAUGGGCAAAGGGAACCCCUUUCGCAGACAUCUGUGAACUGACAGAUGUAUCUGAAGGUCUCAUCGUAAGAACAAUCGUGCGGUUGGAUGAAACAUGCAGGGAGUUCAGGAAUGCGGCUUCCAUCAUGGGGAACUCGGCGUUGUACAAGAAAAUGGAGACCGCCUCCAAUGCCAUCAAACGUGACAUCGUCUUUGCAGCAAGCUUGUAUAUUACAGGGAUAUGAUGCAUUUAAUCAUGUAUCCUAAUCCUUUUGCUUUACUUCUAGGCCAUGAUGUUUGUAAGUAGAGGAAUCCCAUUUAUGCAUAUCAAGUUUCUGUGCACAGUCCCAGCCUUAACAACAGUUAGGGAUGAUGAAAACGGAUCGAAUACGGUUGGAAACUAGCUCUAUCAUAUUCGUUUUCAUAUUUUUUUUCGGAAUCGAAAUCGGAAU